CUAGGCACGUUCAAGUCUGACGAUGGGGACUAUUUCGUAGAGCCACUGCUAUCGCUCGAGGAACAGGAGUAUGAAGAAGAGCACAAUAAACCUCAUCUAGUCUACCGACACCGGACACCUCCAACCAACUCUUCAGGGGACAGGCAGACUUGCAAUACGCCAGAUCAUGAACACAGUCACAAAAAGAACAAGCGGAAACACUGGAGAAGACAGUGGGCAGAAAGCAGCAUUUUAUCUGACAUGGAGAUGUUGAAGCACAGCCUGGAAGCGAAUUCGUUUUCUGUGGAUAGCAACAGGACUGGGAACGUCGGUGAAAAGAAGAGCCACAGGAGAACAAAGCGGUUCCUCUCCUACCCUCGGUUUGUGGAAGUGAUGGUGGUGGCUGACAGCAGGAUGGUCGCCUACCACGGAGCUAAUCUACAGCACUAUGUCUUAACGUUAAUGUCCAUAGUGGCUUCUAUCUACAAAGACCCAAGCAUUGGAAAUUUAAUUAAUAUUGUUAUCGUGAAAUUGGUUGUGAUACAUAACGAACAGGAUGGUCCUGCAAUAUCUUACAAUGCCCAGACAACGUUAAAAAACUUCUGCCAAUGGCAGCAAUCCCAGAACCACCCUGAAGGAAGUCACCUUCAGCAUGAUACAGCCGUGCUUGUUACCAGACAGGAUAUUUGUAGAGCGCACGACAAAUGUGAUACUCUGGGUCUGGCAGAGCUGGGCACGGUCUGUGACCCAUACAGGAGCUGUUCAAUUAGUGAAGAUAAUGGACUGAGCACUGCUUUCACAAUAGCACAUGAACUUGGCCAUGUAUUUAACAUGCCACACGACGACAAUCAUAAGUGCAAAGAAGAUGGAGGUAAAAAUCAACAGCACGUCAUGGCACCAACACUGAACUUCUACACCAAUCCCUGGAUGUGGUCUAAAUGCAGUAGGAAAUACAUCACUGAAUUUUUGGACACUGGCUAUGGGGAGUGUUUGCUUGAUGAACCUUCAUCAAGAACGUACGCGUUGCCUCAGCAGCUCCCAGGGCUGAUUUAUGAUGUCAACAAACAAUGUGAGUUAAUUUUUGGACCUGGAUCUCAAGUCUGUCCGUAUAUGAUGCAGUGUCGGCGACUUUGGUGCAUUAACAUCGAUGGAGCGCACAAGGGAUGUCGUACCCAACACACACCUUGGGCUGAUGGGACAGAGUGUGAGCCUGGAAAGCACUGCCGGUUUGGGAUGUGCGUGCCCAAGGAACGGGAGGCGCCGGUGAUAGACGGAGCGUGGGGGACGUGGAGCCCUUUUGGGACCUGCUCGAGAACCUGUGGCGGUGGCAUAAAGACGGCAAUACGAGAGUGCAACAGGCCCGAGCCAAAAAAUGGUGGGAAAUACUGUGUGGGUCGUCGCAUGAAGUUUAAAUCCUGCAACACCGAACCCUGCUCAAAGCUGAAGAAGGAUUUUCGGGACGAGCAGUGUGCCGACUUCGACGGGAAGCACUUUAACAUCAACGGGCUGCCCACGAACGUGCGCUGGGUUCCCAAAUACAGCGGCAUCCUGAUGAAGGAUCGGUGCAAGUUGUUCUGCCGGGUGGCGGGAAACACAGCGUAUUACCAACUGCGGGAUCGCGUCAUCGACGGGACACCCUGCGGCCCCGACACCAAUGACAUCUGCGUGCAGGGCCUUUGCCGGCAAGCUGGAUGCGAUCAUGUGCUGAAUUCAAAGGCAAGAAGAGAUAAAUGUGGUGUUUGUGGUGGGGAUAAUUCUUCAUGCAAAACUGUUGCGGGCACAUUUAACACGGUGCAUUAUGGCUAUAACGUCGUGGUCCGCAUCCCAGCUGGUGCAACUAAUAUUGAUGUGCGUCAGCACAGUUACUCAGGGAAACCAGAGGAUGACAACUACCUGGCCUUAUCUAACAGUCAAGGAGACUUUAUAUUAAAUGGAGACUUUGUCGUCAGUAUGUUUAAAAGGGAAAUCAAAGUUGGGAAUGCUGUGAUCGAAUACAGCGGAUCGGAUAAUGCUAUUGAAAGGAUUAAUUCUACAGAUCGGAUUGAGCAAGAAAUAACGCUUCAGGUUUUAUCAGUGGGCAAUUUGUACAAUCCCGACGUUCGUUACACGUUUAAUAUCCCCAUUGAGGACAAACCUCAGCAGUUUUACUGGAAUGCUUAUGGCCCGUGGCAGCCCUGCAGUAAACUCUGCCAAGGAGAACGAAAACGGAAACCCGUGUGUACGAGAGAGUCGGACCAGCUCACGGUGUCGGACCAACGAUGCGACCGAAUUCCCCAGCCCGACCCCAUCGCUGAGCCUUGUAGCACAGAAUGUGAAUUAAGGUGGCACGUCGCGAGGAAGAGCGAGUGCACGGCCCAGUGCGGGCUGGGCUACCGCACCCUGGAGAUCUACUGCUCCAAGUACAGCCGGCUGGAGGGGAAGAUAGAGAAGGUCGACGACCGGUUCUGUAGCAGCCAGCCCAAGCCCAGCACGAAGGAGAAGUGCACCGGAGACUGUAACGUGGGCGGGUGGCGGUACUCGGCCUGGACUGAGUGCUCCAAGAGCUGCGGCGGGGGCACGCGGCGGCGGCGAGCCAUGUGUGUGAACACCUACAACGACGUCCUGGAUGACAGCAAGUGCAGUCAGCAGGAGAAGCUGACAGUGCAGCGAUGCAGCGACUUCUUGUGCCCGCAGUGGAAAACGGGCGACUGGUCCGAGUGCCUGGUCACCUGUGGAAAAGGGCAUAAACACCGCCAGACCUGGUGCCAGUUUGGAGAAGAUCGGUUAAACAACAGGUUUUGUGAUCCUGAAACGAAGCCGGAGUCGGUGCAGACGUGCCAGCAGCAGGGUGCUUCGUGGCAAGUGGGGCCGUGGGGCCAGUGCACGAUGACCUGUGGCCAAGGCUACCAGAUGAGAGCGGUGAAGUGUGUCGUGGGCACCUACGUGUCAGUGGUGGAUGAUAACGAGUGUAACGCUGCGACCAGGCCAACAGACACCCAGGACUGUGAAAUAGCAGCAUGUCCUCCUCAUCCAAAUAGUCCCGAAGCCAAGAGAUCCAUAUCAGGCAUUCACAGGACACAGUGGAGAUUUGGAUCCUGGACACCGUGCUCCGCAACGUGCGGGAAGGGUACCCGGAUGAGAUACGUCAGCUGUCGAGACGACCAGGGCUCGGUGGCUGACGAGUCAGCUUGUUUCCACCUCCCGAAGCCGUCGGCCACGGAGAUGUGCACCGUGACGCCGUGUGGGCAGUGGAAGGCCUUGGAGUGGAGCUCUUGCUCGGUGACUUGUGGUCAAGGUAAGGCAACGCGACAAGUGAUCUGCAUCAAUUACAGUGACCAGCUGGUGGAUAGGAGUGAGUGUGAUCCAGACGACCUCCCUGCCACCGAGCAAGACUGCUCCAUGUCUCCUUGUCAUCCAAACAGCCAUGACUACGGCAGGCCCAUCCACCCUUUCCUCUAUCCCGAUCAUCGCCUGAAACUGCACCCCGGAGGCAGCCCGAACCGAAACCGUGCGCAUAUACCUGGAGGCAAUCAGUGGAGGAUUGGCCCCUGGGGUGCUUGCUCUAGCACGUGUGCGGGGGGGUUCCAGCGGCGGGUCGUGGUGUGCCAGGAUGAAAACGGAUACACCGCAAAUAACUGCGAUGAGAAAAGCAAACCCAUGGAGCAGAGAUCGUGCGAAUCUGGCCCCUGUCCACAGUGGGCUUAUGGAAACUGGGGAGAGUGCACGAAGCCAUGCGGGGCAGGGACAAGAACACGGCUGGUGGUGUGCCAGCGUCCGAAUGGAGAAAGAUUUACGGAUCUGAGCUGUGAAAUCCUUGACAAGCCCCCGGACAGAGAGCAGUGCAAUGUGCAGGACUGUCCUAGAGAUGCUGCCUGGAGCGCUGGUCCUUGGAGCUCGUGUUCUGUCUCCUGUGGAAGGGGCCAAAAGCACCGCAAUGUGUACUGUUUGUCAAAGGAAGGGAGGCAUGUAGAAGAAGAUUAUUGCAAGCACCUUGCUAAGCCCAAUGUGCAAAAGAAAUGCAGAGGGGGCAGAUGUCCGAAGUGGAAAGCAGGAGAUUGGGGACAGUGCUCCGUGUCCUGCGGCCGGGGCGUCCAGCGCCGCACCGUGCACUGCCACGGCG